AUGGAAAUAAAACCUGAAAUCAUAUUCAUCGGAAUUCUGAUUCUCGUCCCCGCACAAUGGUUUCUGUCUCCAUCGGAAACCGGACAUUUGAAAUAUCAUUUGAACAGCUUAAUUGCCACUGCAAAACAAUAUCUUCCGGAUUUUUUGACGAUGAAAAAGGAUUCAGAUGCGGAAGCGGCGGAGAGUAAAGCGAUGGAAGAUGAGACGAAUCCCGAUGGAAAUGGGGCGUAUGGAAUGGGUCGCUACCUACGCCAACGAGCGCCAGAAGUAGAAUUCCGAGUUGGCGACGUCGUUUAUCACAAGAAAUUAGGAUUCCGAGGACUAAUUAUCGGUUGGGAUGAGCUAGCGAUCGCUCCGGAGAAGUUUUUGAAAGUGGCACAUGGUGAUAAUAAGGCAAGUCACUUUGCCACUCAACCGAACUACGCGAUUCUCAUCGACACUCGGGAUCGUUUUACACCUCAGAUGUCUUAUGUGGUUCAGGAGAAUAUUCAACUGGAUAAGGGGACUAUUUGGCAUCCAUUAGUUGAAAAGUUCUUCGAUGGAUUCGAUGAAAAACGGCUGAAAUACAUCAUGCGGCCAGUGUACAAACAGUACUAUCCGGAUGACUAA